UUGGCUGUGGAUCAACAGUCCUCCCACGAACUUCCCCUGUCCGCAGGUGCUGUUGUUUUUUCGUGGUGCCCUACGUGACAGCUAGCUGUGCACCUUGCUCGAUGACAAGGGGUUGUCACUGCUGCUGCUGUUGAGUGUGCUGUGCGUGCGUGCGUGCGCGUAUCCAUGUCUGCGUCGCUCCCUCAACCCCAGCACACGAAAUCGCACCACACCAGUACGAAGACAGGAAGUGAUUACGUACACUGGCCGACGACAGCCUCUGAACUAAGUGAUAUGUCGCGUUUCAAGCGUUCGGGAGAAAGCAGGGAAGUUUGGGACCCGGAGGCACAUCCGAGUCAAACGCUCUUCUUUCUAGUAGACACCAGAGACAAUACUCUUGCGCACGGAAGGACGCGCCCGCCUUCACGAGGUGGCCACUACGUGCUCUUCCUCCUCUCUGCUCUUCUUUGCUGGCGGCGUUGCCACCACAUUUAG